GAUUUUUGUCCACAAUUUCUCAUUUGUCUUAUCAUCCUAAUUCCAUGAGUUAAAAGAUAAGGCAUUUUCAGGUAGACGGUAACUCUCUCUCCUAGGGUUUAAGUUAGAGUAAGUACUGUCAACUAUUUAUACAGAUACAAAAAAGUAGUGACUUGGGAGAUAAUUAGGUAGUCAAUUUAGCUAAGAAAACAUGGAGUUUGAGGAUCAAGAAGAGAAUGAAGGAGUUGAGAUGGAGCUGGGUCCGAGUUACGACUCACUGGGCAACUCGAACUCCACUCGGGUCUCCAACAAAGUACCAAGCCCAGUGGAAAUGUCAGCUGAGCCAACCUCCCAGAGAAAGCCCAGGUACCGAGAAUGCUUAAAGAACCAUGCCGUCGGCAUUGGCGGCCACGCCGUCGAUGGCUGCGGCGAGUUCUUAGCUGCUGGAGCUGAAGGAACACUCGACGCACUCAAAUGCGCCGCCUGCAACUGCCACCGUAACUUCCACCGCAAAGAAGCCCUCCCCGGCCUGCCCCCCCACGACCCUUUUCAUUUAUACCACCACCACUACCACCAGCAACCACCGCCGCAUCCGCCGCAACUUUUAACUUACCGUACCCCAUCGGGGUACCUCCACGUGUCACCUCCCCAGCAGAAUAGGCCGCUAGCCCUGCCUUCGAUUUCCGGUGGAGGGGAGCACGAGGACAUGUCAAACAUGAACACCAGCGGCGGCGGCGGGAGUGGCGGUGGUGGUGGAGGGUUUGUGGGGUCGUCGAAAAAGCGGUUUCGGACCAAAUUUAGCCAGGAGCAGAAGGAGAAGAUGUCAGAUUUAGCUGAAAAGUUGGGGUGGAAGAUUCAAAAGCAAGACGAAGAAGCGGUGCAGCAAUUAUGCAAUGAGCUUGGAAUCAAAAGGCAGGUGCUUAAAGUUUGGAUGCAUAAUAACAAGCAUACCCUUGGUAAGAAACCCUAGUUAAAGAAAAGGAAAAAAAAUGGUAGCUGAAGAGGGGAAGAAUCAUUAUGGUUAUCUAUUUCUAGUUGGCCACUAUAUUGGAGGGUUUAUUUUGUUACUCAUAUGUUAUAUAUUACAUAUUGCUUGUAAGUAGAAGGAGAAGGUUUAAGAAAAGUUGAGAUGGGGUUGUGAGGGAAAUUUCAGUUCUAGUUUUAGUCUUUAAUUAGUUUAACUAAGUCAGGACUUUCUUUAGAUUUCAUGUUAUAUUCUAAGACUUGGUAUCGUUUUAAUUUGCUAUUUCAGUUUUUUCUUUUU